AUGUUAGAGGCGACGAUACUUCUGAUCGACAACUCAGAGUACAUGCGCAAUGGCGAUUAUCAACCUUCGAGGUUCGGAGCACAGGCAGAUGCAGUAAACGUUGUGUUUACGUCUAAGACGGAUGCGAAUCCUGAGAGUACAGUGGGGCUUAUGACAUUAGCUGGUAAAGCUCCAGAGGUACUUGUUACUCCCACAACAAACCACGGCAAAAUUCUCUCCGCUCUUCAUCAGACCAAAAUAAGCGGGUCAGUAGACCUUGCAACAGGCUUGAAUAUUGCACAGCUAGCGCUCAAGCACCGACAGAACAAGAACCAAAGGCAGCGCAUAAUCGUCUUUCUUGGUUCGCCCCUGGACACCGACGAAAAGGCCUUGGCCAAGCUUGCGAAAAAGUUGAAGAAGAACAAUGUGGCGGUGGACGUUGUGUCGUUCGGAGAAGAGGACUUGAAUGAUCCACUUUUGAGGACGUUCGUGGACACACUAAACAGCUCGGAUAAUAGCCAUUUAUUGAGUAUUCCUUCUGGAUCAAACAUGCUCAUCUCGGAUGCGAUAUUGUCGUCUCCUAUAUUGGCCGGAGAUGAAGGCAUACCAGCUGCUGCAAUGGGCGGAGGCGAAGCAAGUGGGAGCAAUCAAUUUGAGUUUGGGGUCGACCCAAGUUUGGAUCCCGAGCUUGCCAUGGCGCUCCGUAUUUCUUUGGAAGAAGAACGAGCUCGCCAGGCCGCUGCUGCUGCAACUACAGGUGGCGCUGCUGCUCCAUCUCUCCCCCAAGUUCCAGAAUCAGUUGAACCUUCUUCUCAGGCGGUAGCACAGGAGACUGUUGCAUCUAUGGAGGAAGACGAGGAAGACGCACUCUUGGCUCAGGCGCUUGCACUAUCUCAAGAGGAACAAGAUGUAGCGAUGGAGGGGGCAGAAAGCCAUGAAAUGGACGAGGACUUGAACGAGGAGGAAGAGAUUGCAAGGGCGAUUGAGAUGAGUGUCAAGGAAGAGGAGGAACAGAACAAGGGCAAAUAG